AUGGCUGCUAAAUUACUCGCAAAAAUUAUUUUUACCACUGGUUCAGUAUUAGUUAGAUCAGUUACAAUGGCCUAUAAACAAGCCAUUUUACAGGCUGAAAAUGGUAUGGGUGCAGCCGCUGCAAAUUUAGAUGUUAAAUCAAAAAUGUCACCAAUCGAAGCAAAAAAAAUUUUAGGUUUAGAUAAUAAAGAUAAAUUUACAAUUGAAGAUAUUGAAAAUAAACAUAAAGAAUUAAUUGAUAUAAAUAAUCCAAAACAAGGUGGUUCAGAAUAUUUACAAAUUAAAAUUUCAGGUGCGAAACUUUGUUUAAUAAAUGAAUUAAAAAAUAAAUAA